AUGCUCGCAAUCGAAUGGAAUCCGCGUCGUGGCGGAGUGGUCACAGUGGUUGACUCGCUUAACGGCAGGACGGUCACUCUCUCGCGCAGCAAGCAAGCAUUGAAUAGUGGCGCACGCUUCGAACUCCAGCAUGUCAAGCUGUAUUACUCACCCAACGACAAGGGUACUCAGAAAGUUUUUAACACUAAUUUAGUGCUGCCUCCAGGGGCGCAACUCAGUGACUCUUACGGCGUAACGCUUGCCUGA